AUGGAGGACAUGGACCAGAGGCAGAAGGACGAGGUGGCGGCGAGGCGGGGGCAGCUCACUUUGGCGGGCAUGAACCAGUUUUAUGUCGACUGCGCACGUGAGGAGUGGAAGUUCGACACCUUGUGCGACCUCUUCAACAUCAUCAACCUCACCCAGGCCAUCGUCUUCUGCAAUACCGCCGACAAGGCCACCUGGCUCGCCGCCAAGCUGGCCAGCGACGGCUUCUCGCUCGCUGCCGUCCACGGGCUGACCGAUGCCACCGACGCCCGCGCCGCGCUGACCGACUUCAGGGUCGCCGUCGUCCGUGUGCUCGUCGUCACCGACGGCGUCCUCAACAACAGCGGUCUGCUCCCAUACGCGUGGCUCAGCGUCAACUACGACCUGCCCGCCAGCCUGGACGACUACAUGACGCGGGUCGGCCGCUCGGGCAGGUUUGGGCGCAGGGGCGUGGCCAUCAACCUUGUCACGGAGGAGACUGCCGCCCAGGUGCGCCAGCUUGAGGAGUACUACAACACGGCCAUCGCGGCCCUACCCGACGACCUCUCAUUCCUGUAA